GGCCGUGUUCGUUUUCCGCAGCGGCAUCAGCCGGCAAUUCGCAUUCGACCGACGUCUUGGUUUAAAGAGUCUCGGGGACAAGACUUUUUGAUGAUGACUUGACUUCUGCCGACUGGAGUGAGCCGCGGCCUCAGGCAGCACAUACGAAGAAGUAUACUACGAAGCAAGCUAGAAGCAUUAGCGAAAAUACGAGGAUUAAAUAAUUAAAGGAGAAAAAGAAGAGAUUAAAGAAGAAGAAAAAGAAGAAGACGAUUUCUAGUUAGCGGCGAACCAGAGAGACACGUUAUAGAAGAGGAUUUAUCAAUUAUUUCGAAUCGAGUAAUCGCGAGUGACACGAGGAUAACAAGGAUAAUAAUCCUUGGAUCUGUUUUUUCUCGGUUUUCAAUUUUCACCUGUUUUCUCUGAUUUUUAUUUUUUUGUUGUUGUUGAGUGGCCAGUGAGGGAAGUUUUGUACGACGUUUUUCGUAUUUUAAACUCGGUUGACGGGAGUAAAAAGAAAGAAGAAAGAAGAGCGUGGGGCGAGAUUAUUCGAGCCCUUUCGCGUAAAAUUUUUGUGACCGAUCCACGAAGAAUCGACCGAAAUAAUCGAUCCUCAACGACUUGGAUUAAUUCGAUUGAUCCAAGAUGAAGCGACAACCGUCACAGCAGCAGCCGCAACAGCAGCAGCAACAACAAACGAUGAUGCAUCAGCAACAGCAGCAGCAGCAAACUGUUACCCAACAACAGCAACAACACCAAUACAUGCAACAGAGGACCGAACGACAGGUCACUCGGCAGCAGAUCACCAGUCAGCAGAGAGUUCAAGGGGAGAUUGUGAUGCAGACGACGCCCACGGUACCAACAUUUACCGGCAGACCCGGCGAUCCAUCGCCGCCGGUCUUCGAACAGAUCUUUAAGAACGCCAGAUUCGCGCAGGGUGGAAACGCGAUUUUCGAGGGACGCGUCCGAGGAAAUCCAAAGCCCACGGUAUCCUGGACGCACAAGGGUGCGCCGUUGUUGGAAUCAUGGAAAAUUCGAAUGUCUUACGACGAGAAGACCGGAGCGGUCACGCUUCAAAUUAACCAAAUUGGUCCUGGGGACGAGGGCGAAUACACGUGCAGUGCUAAAAAUCAAUACGGCGAAGCAAUCUGCUCCGUUUACAUUCAACCAGAAGGAUUUGGACCUCCACAACAACAACAGAUGGGUUUCAGGAAGGAAUACGCUCAGACCUUCCAGUCCACCGAACAGAAGUCUCAAACAGGAACACAAAGCGUUCAACAACGCAGUUAUCAACAAACGAUCGAUAAACGAAGCUACGUUAACGGAACUUCCAUCAGCAUCGAAGAUUUCAAGGUGGACACUUUCGAAUACAGACUGCUGCGGGAAACGGAGUUUCGAGAGUCGAUUACUCGUCGUUUCGUGGGCGAAUCCGACGUGCAGAUUUCGACGGUGGUAGAUCGUAGUCUGGGACCGGUUGCACCUCCGCAAAUCACGCAGAAGCCCAGAAACUCGAAGCUUGUCGAGGGAUCCGAUGCCGUUUUCACUGCGAAGAUCUCGGGCAAUCCGAAACCAAGAUUAACUUGGUUCAAAAACGGUCAGAGGAUCCGCGAAUCACAACGCGUGGAAAUGAGCCACUCGAAUCAGCAAGCUACCUUGAGGAUCAGAGUCGCCCUGCCGGAAGACAGUGGCCAUUACACUUUGCUCUCGGAAAAUCCUCAGGGUUGCACCGUCAGCUCUGCAUAUCUGGCGAUUGAGUCCAGCGAUCAAGUGGAUCAGGCCUAUCAAGCUCCAAGAGAAACGAUCAAAACUCAGCAAGUUGAAACAACUGGCGAGUCCGACUCUGGGAAAGUACUGCCGCCGAAUUUCGUUCGCACGUGCACCGAUCGCGAUGCCACCGAAGGAAAAAUGACCAGGUUUGACUGUCGCGUAACCGGCCGUCCGUAUCCCGAGGUGACAUGGUACAUAAACGGUCAGCAAGUAGUCAACGAUCUGACCCACAAGAUCCUCGUGAACGAGUCUGGUAAUAAUUCAUUGAUGAUCACGAACGUGAGCCGCGCGGACGCCGGCGUCGUGACCUGUGUCGCCAGGAACAAGGCUGGCGAAACCUCGUUCCAGUGUAACUUGAACGUGAUCGAGAAAGAACAAGUUGUCGCGCCAAAAUUCGUGGAACGAUUCACAACAACGAAUGUAAAAGAGGGAGAACCGGUUGUUUUCAUGGCUCGUGCGGUUGGCACUCCUGUACCGCGUAUCACCUGGCAGAAGGAUGGAGUGCCAAUAACACCUGGACCGGAUGUGCGUAUUUCAACGGAUGGUAGCGGAGCAUCAACUUUAGAUAUACCCUACGCAAAAAUGUCAGAUGCUGCUUGGUACCAGUGCACGGCGCAGAAUGUAGCUGGCUCUACCGCCACCCGAGCACGGCUCUUCGUGGAAACACCGAAAGGAGUAGCCCCCGAACCAAGACGCCUGAACUUACCCCGACCGACGAAAGUCAUCGAACCAGAACCAGCGCCUGGCCCCGAAGUGAUUUAUUUGAGACACGUGGAACGCGCCAAGCCAUAUUUGCCUCCACCCGAGGAAGAUAGAGUUUAUCCACCACCACGUUUCAUCAUACCAUUGAAGGACGUCCAUCAGAUCGAGGGUGGACGAAUUCACUUCGAGGCCAGAAUCGAACCGGUGGGCGAUCCCACCAUGAGGGUAGAGUGGUACGUCAAUGGACGAGCUCUCGAUGCGAGUUCCCGUGCGACUUCUAUCUUCCGAUUUGGCUUCAUCUCUCUCGACUUAAUUAGCAUCGUUCUUCAAGACAGCGGCGAAUAUUUAUGCCGCGUCGUGAGUUCGACCGGAGUCGCCGAAUCUCGAGCUACCCUCAGCGUGACACCACGCGCAACAAUCGAACAGGCUAGCCAACACCCCGACAGCCUUCAAUAUAUUCAACAGCUCGAGGAUUACAGCAAGUAUCAAAGGCAGGAGAGUGUGGAGGAGAUCUCUUCACAGCGGCCGGCCUUCAUCCGACCACUCCAGGAUCUAGGAGAGCUACAGGAAGGUCGUAACGCUCAUUUUGAAGCGCAACUGACACCUGUAAGCGAUCCCACGAUGAAAGUGGAGUGGUACAAGGAUGGCAGGCCUAUCACAGCUAGCUCAAGAAUCACAACCAUCUUCAACUUCGGGUACGUCUCGCUCAAUAUAUUACACCUACGAGCUGAAGAUGCCGGUUCUUAUACUGUCAGAGCUGUGAACCGCUUGGGAGAGGCCGUCAGCUCCGCGUCUCUUCGUGUCUUUGCACGCACAAGCGUUACUACUGAUCUGGGAAUCCCCGAGCAACAAAGGUAUAUCGAGGCUGCCGAGGAAUUGGAAGCCUAUCAACAGGCUAUGCACCAGAAAUACGUACAGCAACAGCCUGAACCGACUAGCCCACCGGAAUUCAAAUCUCCUAUCAAGGAUCAAAACAACAUACGAGAAGGCGGAUUUGCUCAUUUCGAAGCACGUCUAGAACCAGUCGGCGAUUCUGAUUUGAGAGUCGAAUGGCUCAAGGACGGACGCCCUGUAGAAGCAAGUUCACGGAUCACGACAUUCUUCAACUUCGGUUACGUGGCAUUGACCAUCAAAUACGUAACGAUUCACGAUGUUGGUAUAUACACUUGCCGCGCAUAUAACCGCGUCGGUGAAGCACAUACAACCGCUCAACUGAGCGUCAUCAGCAAGAACGAUGUCAUCUAUGACAGUCAACAUCCGACCGGACUUCAGAAGAUUCAAACUUUGGAAGAUUCCAGCAGAUAUUCGCGACAAGUUCAAGAAGAAACACAAGUAACUCAAGCACCACGAUUUUUGGGCAACCUGAAGGGUACUAACAAGAUCGUUGAAGGUCAACGUGCACAUUUCGAGGCUCGUGUGGAACCUCAGAGCGAUUUAACUAUGACGAUCGAAUGGUACCACAAUGGAAAAUCUAUCACUGCUGCAAAUAGAAUUCAAACAUAUCACGACUUUGGAUACGUGGCUAUAGAUAUUCUUCAGGUUAGACCUGAGGACGCUGGUACUUACACUGUGGUCGCUAGAAAUGCUCUUGGAGAAGCUAAACUGUCCGCCACGAUGAUCGUGGAGACACGCUCAAGCGUCGAUACCAGCAGUAUGCAUCGCACUUCCUACGAGAAGACUCAGCGUCUCGAAGAAUCGAAAUUCGUCGAGCCCCAAUAUCACAUCGAGGAAAUUUCAAAAUCAAAGCCAAUAUUCGUGCAGCCAUUGAGCGAUCCUAAACCAGUGAGCGAGGGCAAGAACAUUCAUUUGGAAUGUCGUUUGGAACCCAUGGGCGAUCCAACGAUGAGAGUCGAAUGGUUCCAAAAUGGUCGUCCAGUUACCGUUGGCUCCAGAUUUAGAACUUACUAUGACUUUGGUUUCGUCGCUUUGGAUAUCGUGCAUUCGACUAUCCUCGACUCUGGCGAAUAUACUGUCAGAGCCACCAAUCAUCUUGGCACUGCUCAUACCUCAGCCUGCGUCAGAGUAAUCGGAAAAUCCGAUGUUGUUACCGAAACUCAGCACGAGCAAUCGCUCGAACAGAUUCAAAUGCUGGAAGAUUCAUCGAGGUAUCGCAAGACCCAGCAAGAAGAAGUGACAGUGAUGCAGCCACCGCAAUUCACUCGUCCUUUGCACAACAUCGAAACGGUGGAGCUGACCAACGUUCACCUCGAGUGUCGUCUUCAGCCAGUUGGCGACUCCAGCAUGAAAGUGGAAUGGUUCGUCAAUGGCAGACCAGUGAAGACUGGCCACAGAUUCAGACCAUCUUACGAAUUCGAUUACGUCGCCCUUGACAUCUUGGGUGUUUAUCCUGAAGAUUCAGGCGUGUACACCUGCCAAGCUAGAAAUCAACUGGGAGAAGCCGUCACUUCCUGUUCAGUGAGAGUACACGCUAAGAAAGAUUUACUCCUGGAGUCUCAACAUCCUGAAGGCUUGGAAAGAAUACAAUACUUGGAAGAUGCUUCCAGAUACAAGAGACAGGAACUGGUUGACGAAGUGGUCAAUGUUAAACCGAGAUUCAUCACGGCUCCGAAAAAUCAAGAGAAUCUUCGUGAAGGACAACACGCUCAUUUCGAGUGCAAACUGGAACCUGUAACGGACUCGAACUUGAAAGUCGAAUGGUUCAAGAACGGUCGUCCGGUUACAAUAGGACACCGAUUCCGUCCAAUCCACGAUUUUGGCUACGUUGCUCUGGAUGUAAUCGACUUAAUCGCCGAGGACUCGGGUACCUACACGUGUCGAGCUGUCAAUCUGGUUGGCAGCGACGAAGUGUCCUGCACUCUAACUUGUCGAUCAACCGCACAAGUUCUGACAGACACUCAGAACGAGAUUGGCCUGGAACAAAUUCAUUACCUCGAGGAUAGAUCGAGAUACCAACGCCGAGAAGAUAUCGAGGAAACAACCACUCAAGCUCCAAUUUUCACCACCUCCUUGAACAACGUUGAGAUCAAAGAAGGUCAAAGAGCACACUUCGAGUGCAGGUUGAUCCCUGUGUCUGAUGUAACGAUGAAAGUCGAAUGGUUCCAUAAUAAUAAGCCUGUGAAAGCUGGCUCAAGAUUCGUCGAGACUAAUAGCUUUGGUUUCGUGGCCUUGGAUAUCAUGUACGCCUAUCCUGAAGACUCUGGUACUUACACCUGCCGAGCGAAGAAUAUCAUAGGAGAGGCAAUUACAUCUGCAACUGCAGUUGUGCACUCGAAAAAGUCAAUUUACACGGAAAGCCAAAAUGAAGAGACACUUCAACGUCUUCAUUACUUGGAGGAUACCUCGAGAUACCAACGUAAAACUACGACCGAGGAAAUCGUUACUCAAGCACCAGUUUUCACGAUGCCGAUCAAGGAUCUGAAAGUCGCUGAAAAUCAAGCGGCUCAUUUCGAAGCUCGAGUGAUACCUGUAGGCGAUUCAAAGCUCAAAGUCGAAUGGUUGAGAAAUGGAGUUCCCAUAGCAGCUUCGAAUCGCGUGACAACGAUGCACGAUUUCGGAUACGUCGCUCUAAACAUGAAAUACGUGAACCCUGAAGACUCAGGUACCUACACUUGCCGUGCAGUAAAUGAUCUUGGAGAGGCUGUAACAUCAGCGACACUUUUCGUCCAGUCCAAGGCGGCCCUGCAAUUCGAGUCGCAGCACGAGAGCGCGUUGUCGAAGAUCCAGGCGCUGGAGGACACCAGCAGGUAUCAACGACGCGAAGAAGAAGAGAUCGUGGUAAAGGAGAAACCAUCGUUCACUGUCCAACUAAACGGACCUACCAGCUUGGUCGAGGGACAAAGCGCACACUAUGAGUGCCGUAUCGAGCCCUACCCCGAUCCAACUAUGAAGGUGGAAUGGUUCCACAAUGGGAAACCAUUAUCCACCGGUCACAGGUACAGAACGACUUGUGACUUUGGAUUCGCUGCGUUGGACGUGCUCACGGUAUAUGCUGAAGAUUCUGGCACCUAUACCUGCCAGGCCACCAAUAGACUGGGAUCGGCGAAGAGCUCGAUUAAUCUUGACGUGAAAUCUCGCUCCUCGAUUAUUCGCGAAACUCAACACGAAAGUGCCCUGAAGAAAAUACAGUACCUAGAAGACGACUCGCGUUAUAAACGCGUAGACGAAGAGGACUUGAUCAUCGCCGAGAAACCGAAAUUCGGUCGUCCAUUGAAGAACAUCGAACAUCUGCCUGAAGGCAAAAGCGCCCAUCUCGAGGCGACUCUAACGCCUGUCAACGAUCCCACUAUGGUGGUUGAAUGGUACAGAGAUGGCAGACCGAUUCCUCAAGGACAUAAAUUCAAGACUACCUACGACUUUGGUUACGUGGCUCUCGAUAUUCUUUACGCCUAUCCAGAAGACUCUGGAACUUACAUGUGCAAGGCGAGGAACGCUGUUGGCGAGGCUGUUACCACUUGCGUCAUCAGCGUUGACUCGAAACAAGGCCUGUAUUUAGACACGUUAGACGCUCAGCGUUUGCAGAAGAUUCGCGAGCUAGAGACUGUAGAAGUGAAGCAAGAGAUUGAAAAAGAGGUUGUACACCAGAAGCCUGUUUUCCUAACGCCAUUGAACAACCUGGAUCUAAAGGAGGGCGAACACGCUCACUUGGAAUGCCGCGUCGAACCCAUCAACGACCCAAAUCUAAAGAUAGAAUGGUUCGUAAAUGGAGUUGCUGUAAGAACAGGACAUCGCUUCCGCAAAACACACGACUUUGGUUAUGUGGCUCUUGAUAUUCUUUAUACAUAUGCCGAAGAUUCUGGUACCUACAUGUGCAAGGCUACCAAUUUAGCUGGCGAGGCUGUUAACACUUGCACCAUCAAAGUUGGCUCUCGUCGCAGUAUUCUCCUAGACACUCAACAUCCAGAUGGCCUCGAAAAGAUUCGUGAACUCGAGGCUCAAGGACGUCCAGCCCGCUUAGAAGUCGAAGAACCACCAGUGACACCACCAAGAUUCAUCACUGAACUCAGGGGUACCACCGAAGUAUACGAAGGACAAACAGCCCAUUUCGAGUGCCAAGUUGAGCCUCUCCACGACGCCAACUUGAGGAUCGAAUUCUUCCACAAUGGCAAGCCGCUUCCAUCUGCCUCCAGGUUCCACGUGACCUUUGACUUUGGAUAUGUGGCUCUUGAUAUCGGCCAUGCUGUUCCCGAAGACGCAGGAGAAUAUUCCGUUCGAGCUAUCAAUGCUCUUGGCCAAUGCGUAUCCUCGAUCGAACUGAGGGUUAUUCCAAGGGACAACAUUAUUCUGGACUCGCAACGUCCUGAAGGAAUGGACAAGAUUCGUGAAUUGGAAGCUCAACAACCUUGGAAGAGACCAGACGUACCAGAACCACAAACUAGGCAAAGACCAGUCUUUACCCAACCGUUGCAAAAUAUCGACGCUAUUCCCGAAGGGCACACUGCUCACUUCGAGUGCAGAUUGAUUCCUGUAGGAGAUCCAACGUUGAAGGUUGAAUGGUUCAGGAAUGAAAUCCCACUCGAGACAAGUUCAAGAAUCACCAAAGUCCAUGAUUUCGGCUAUGUCUCGUUGGACAUCUCCCACGUGAGAGAAGAGGACGAAGGCGUGUACAUGUGCCGUGCGUCCAACCCACUCGGUGAAGCAGUUACCACUGCUUCGAUGAAGAUCAAGAGUAAAGCAAGCAUUCAAUUAGACACCCAACACCCUGAAGCGCAACGUAAGAUCGCCCAACUUGAAGCUGAUAAAGGACCAAGUCGUCCUGAAGAACCGGAGAAGGUAUUCGAUAAACCUAUCUUCACACAAUUGUUGACUGGACCCACGGAACUUUGGGAAGGCCAGAUGGCUAGAUACGAAUGCAGAGUCGUUCCAGUUGGCGAUGCCAGUUUGAGAUUCGAGUGGUACAUCAAUGGAGUCGAACUAAAAAUGGGAUCUCGGUUCCACGUGAGCCACGAUUUCGGCUACGUGACCCUGGACAUCCUGAAAGUAAUCUCGGAGGAUUCCGGUGUAUACACUUGCAAAGCCAUCAACAAAUCCGGCGAAGCAGUUUCCUCGAUUUCGCUGAAAGUGAAAGCGCGCUCAGCUAUCGACGCCGAGAGUCUUCAGCCAGAUGCUUGGCAGAAGAUUCAAUUGAAAGAAGCGGAGAUGAACAAAGUACCGGAAAUGUUCGUCGACACGACGCCUCAACAGGCUCCAGUCUUCACCAAACAUCUCGAAAGCCACGACAGACUUGUGGAGGGUCAACAUGUAUACUUGGAAGCUCAAGUAGAGCCAAGAGCAGAUCCAAAUCUUCGCGUUGAGUGGUUCAAAAACGGGGUGGCUCUUCAAACUGGAACCAGACUUCGUAGUACCUUUGAUUUUGGCCUUGUUACACUAUCUAUCAAUGGUUUAAGACCCGACGAUUCCGCCAUUUACACUUGUAAAGCCACGAACCUACUUGGAGAGGCUGUGUCUACUUGCAGUUUGAAGAUCGUCGAUCGUCACUGGUUACUUGGUGACACUCUUCAUCCCGAUGCUCUUCCAAAGAUCGACGCCUUAGAGCAACCUCAUGUCACCUCAGCAGAACAACCAGAACCUAUUUACGAGGAACCAGUGUUCAUCACUCAUCUGAACAACGUUGAAUGCGUAGAAGGUGACAAUGUGCACUUUGAAUGUAACGUUGAGCCAUCAAAAGAUCCAACGAUGAAGAUCGAAUGGUUCAUCAAUGGUAAACCUCUUCCAACUGGAGCAAGAUUCAAGUCGACUUAUGACUUUGGUUAUGUAGCUUUGGAUAUUACUCAUGCUUACGAGGAAGAUUCUGGAGUGGUCAUUGUUAAGGCUACCAAUUCGAAGGGAUCAGCUCAGACGUCAGGAACUCUCAAAUGCACCAGCAAACAGAACAUCUAUCUGCAGACACAGCAUCCUCAAGGAGAGGCUGGCUUGGAGAAAGUCAAAGAAGCUGAAGAUGCUUAUUUGUCGAAAUAUAGAAGGCCAGACGCUGGACCAGAACAAGAAUAUCCUAAACCGAUCUGGACAGUGCCUUUGCAGCCGGAAUUCAAAUUGGGCGAGUCCGAACCUCUUCAUUUGGAGGGUCAGGUAGAGCCCAAGGACGAUCCAAACUUGAAGAUCGAGUGGUACUUCAAUGGAAAAGCUCUGGAACAUGGAUCCAGGUUUAAGAUGACCAGCGACUUUGGGUUCGUCACUUUAGACUUGACAGAUGUCUAUGAUCGUGAUUCUGGAAUUUACACUUGCAAGGCAUACAACAAAGCUGGAGAAGCUUUCACUUCAACAACGAUCUACUGUACGACCAAGGAGAACAUCAUCGAAAGAUCGCAGCAUCCCAAAGGUAAGGAGGGUUUGGAAGCAAUCCAGGACCUCGAAGAAUCGCUGAAACGACAGGAAGGAGCUCCGCCAGAGAGUGAAGAAGGUCAUCCACCUGUGUUCACAUCUCAAUUCGAGAACCUGACUAAUCUAUCCGAAGGAGAAAUCGCUCACUUCGAAGCUUCGCUCACGCCAACUAGUGACCAAACUAUGGUAGUCGAGUGGUUCUACAAUGGCAAGGUCUUGGACGCCAGUCAUCGCAUAAGAACAGUCUAUGCCUUUGGAAUGGUGGUUCUCGAGGUUCUUGGAACAAAGAUAGAGGACUCUGGCACCUACUCUUGCAGGGCUACCAACAAAUGGGGCCGCGCCGAGAUCAGCGUGGAAUUAGAAUGCGUGGAUAAAUCUAAAGGACAGAAACCCAAAUUUACAACUCAUAUUCAAUCGCUGGAGGGUCUAAAGGAUGGCCAGUCUGCUCACUUCGAGUGUACUUUAAUUCCAGUUGGAGAUCCUCACAUGAAAGUAGAAUGGUUCCACAAUGGCCAACCUUUGAGACACUCGUCCAGAUUCAAGAUGGUAUCCGAUUUUGGAUUCGUUGUGAUGGAUAUCGCUGGCGUGAUGGCCCACGAUACUGGAGAGUACGUAUGCAAGGCUAGCAACAAAUACGGCGAAGAUUACACUAAAGCAACUCUGAAAUGCUUUGGAAAGAGCGGAGUAUAUCUUGAUUCGUUACAACCAGAUUCUCUCGCUAGAAUCAGAGAACUGGAGAGUUAUGGCGGUGAACAACCUGCCACGCCAACGACUCCAGUUGCAGAGCCACCCAAGUUCAUCACGCAAAUUUCUGACAUCACGAAAUUGGUUGAAGGACAAUCUGCUCACUUUGAAGCUAGACUGACGCCUGUAAAUGAUCCAGAUCUGAAGGUCGAGUGGUAUUACAAUGGAAAGAAAUUACCUCAUGGACACAGAUACAGAACCUUCCACGAUUUUGGCAUUGUCAUCUUGGAUAUAUUGUACUGUUACGAAGAGAAUUCUGGAGUUUACGAGUGCAGAGCUUUCAAUAAAUAUGGAGAAGACACGACUAAGGCGACCUUGAAAUGUUAUUCGAAAUCGAGUCUCAUUUUGGAAAGUCAGCUUCCUAAAGGAAUGGAAGGUGGAUUGGAGAAGAUCCAGACUUUGGAGGACUCGAUGAUUCGCACUAAAGACGAAAAGAUCGUGGAGGAACGAGGAAAGGCACCUGUGUUCACUGUACCUUUGAGCAACAUCGAUGGCCUUCGCGAGGGCGAGAGCGCGCACUUUGAAGCUAGACUUACACCUACCGACGAUCCAAAAUUAAAGGUCGAAUGGUUCUGGAACGGAAAACCUUUGCGGACCGGUACUCGUUUCCGCACCUUCUGCGACUUCGGCUUCGUGAUUCUCGAAAUUUCGCCAAUCUAUCCAGAAGACUCCGGCGAAUACAGCUGCCGAGCAACAAACGACUACGGCGAAGCUGUAACCACAUGCACGAUGAAGUGCACUGGAAAACGAAGCAUCAUUCUCGAAUCUCAACUGCCAAAAGGAAUGGAAGGCACGAUAGAUAAAAUCGCUGAACUGGAAGGUCUUGGAAACGAGCCUGGUAUUGCAACUCCGGACGAUGAUACCGGAAAACCACCGGAAUUCAUCACGACACCAUCCGAUUUGACUCUAACCGAGAAUUCCUUGGCGCACUUCGAGUGCAGAUUAACACCGAUCAACGACUCCAGCAUGAGAGUGGAAUGGUUCCACAAUGGAAAGCCUCUGUUGGCUGGAACCAGGAUCAAAACCAUCCACGACUUUGGAUUUGUGAUUUUGGAAGUAGCCAAUUGCUACCAACGAGACUCUGGUUUAUAUACGUGCAAAGCAACAAAUCGUCACGGUGAAGCUACUGUUUCAUGCAAACUUCAAGUUCGUGGACGUCAAGGAAUUAUCUUGGAGCCUCAGUUGCCAAGCAACUUUAAGACUGGAACGGAGAGUAUUCAGAAAUUGGAAGAGGCUUUGUACAAGAAGGACGAGAUACUGACCGAGGAAGAAACACCUAAUCCUCCUAAAUUUACUGUGGAAUUGAAGGAUAUCGAAGUAGAGGAAGGAGCAUCCAGUCACUUUGAUUGCAGAGUCGAACCUGUGGGCGAUUCUACCAUGCGUAUCGAUUGGUUCCAUAACGGAAGAUCGUUCGCUACCGGAUCUCGUGUACACCAGAUUAACGACUUUGGAUUCAUUUCGUUGGACAUGUCGUACACCUAUGCUAGAGAUAGUGGAGAAUACGUUUGCAGAGCUACGAACAAGUGGGGAUCUGCUACUACCAAAGCUACGAUAACGUGCAAAUCUAAGAAAACCAUAGAUUUCGACUCGCAGUUGCCCUCGGGCAUGAGCGGCGAGAAGCUGAAAGAAUUAGAACGUGGUCCAGUAAGCGAGCCACCUGCCGAAGAGCCACCACGUCAACCACCAAGGUUUAUUACGCAGAUUCAAUCAGCAACCGUUGACGAAUCUGAACCAGUUAGGUUCGAAUGUCGCGUGGAACCAAAAGACGAUCCAAAUUUACGCAUAGAGUGGUACAGAAAUGGAAAAUUGAUCCCAGCUGGACACAGAUACAGAACAAUGUACGAUAUGGGAUUCGUGUCUAUGGAUAUUUUGUACGUUUACCCUGAGGACUCGGGAGAAUACGUGUGCAAAGCUAUUAACGAUCUUGGCGAGGACACUACCAGGGCAUCGGUAUCAUGCAAAAAGUUGCCCAACAUCAUCCUACAGAACCAAGUGCCAAAGGGUAUGAAGAAGUCGGAAGCGUUGAUGCAAAUGGAAGCCACCAUCAAGAAAUACACUUCGGAAGUUCACCUUACAGAGGACGAUCUCUACGACGCGGAUAAGAAACAACCACCACGUUUCGUCACUCAGAUCCAAGAUCAAACCGAGCUGGUUGAAAUGAACAGCACGAAGUUCGAGUGCCAAUUGGCACCUGUCGGUGAUCCGAACAUGAAGGUCGAAUGGUUCUUCAAUGGCAAACCUUUACCACACAAGAACAGAUUCACUCCAAUUUACGACUUUGGUUACGUGGCGAUGAACUUUGGAUGGGUAUAUCCUGAAGACAGCGGAGAAUAUCUAUGCAGAGCCACGAAUCUUUACGGAAUGGACGAAACACGAGCGGUGAUCCGAACAGCUGGCAAGCCUGGAAUUAUUUACGAGUCGCAACUACCAAAGGGCAUGAAGAGUAUCGAGAAGAUCAGAGAAAUGGAAGCUGCAUGGCAAAUAGUACCUGAGGAAGAGGGCGAAGAAGAGAAGGUGCGUGCACCUCCGACGUUCGUGAGCAAACCUGAACCAGUAACCGUGGAAGAGGGUGAUUGGUCCAGAUUCUGUUGUCGUGUCACUGGUCACCCGAGACCGCGAGUCAUGUGGAUCAUCAAUGGACAUACUGUGGUCAAUGGAUCACGGUAUAAACUAACGUACGACGGUAUGUACCAUCUCGACAUCCCCAAGACGAGGCAAUACGAUCAUGGGAAGGUCGAAGUGAUCGCGAGAAGUUCCGUAGGCGAGUCACGAACCGAAACCACCCUAACAGUAAAACCAAGGAGCGACGAUUAUCGAGGUGUACUGAAAAAUUCACCAAGACCUUGGUAUGAUUACGGACUGACCCAAUACCAAUCGGAGCGACAGAACACAGAGCUCGAGAAAGUUUUCGACGAAAGACACCAUAACAUCUCUCAAGGCAUCGAGAUCGCCACGGAGCACCUUGGACAGAAAGUUUUCAAGGAACCAGAGACAGAAUGGCAAAAGUCUGUGAAGAGCAAAAAGAACGAGGAUUAUUACAACAAGCUCAUGACUCUGGAGGAAGAACAGGUGCUGAAGGAGAGUAGGCUGAGAGAAUCUAGCCAUCAAUUUGCUAUUCCUGGUGAAAAAGUUGUCUCUCAUUCUGUGGCGAAGGGAAUGGCCCAGCAAUAUGAGGAAACCUUGGAAGACAAAAAGGAGGAAAGAAUCGAAGACACCACCACACAGACAACUACCAAAUUCGUGAAGAAACCACAUACAACGGAGGUGGACAUUGACGUGGAGCGCAUGAAAUCCACUGGCAAGUAUCCUCCAGAACCAUCAGAAUCUACGGUUCACGGUCGUGAAGUGCACGUGGCCAAGCAGAAGCAAAUACAGAAAGAAGUCAAAGGUGACUUGGAGAUCACCAGAAAGAUAACCGCCACGGAAACCACCGAAGUGGAGCACAAAGCCAAGACCCAGGAGCGUGUUGUUCAAGGUCCAACAAAACCAGCCACGCCACCAGUCUUCACGAAGAAGAUUCAACCUUGCAGAGCUUUCGAGCAAGAGCAAGCUCGAUUCGAAGUGGAAUUCGACGGUGAUCCAUUGCCAACCAUCAAAUGGUACCGCGAAGAUUUCCCCAUUCAGAAUUCUUCGGAUCUUCAGAUUUAUACGUUCAGCACGAAAUCGGUGCUGAUCGUUCGACAAGUGUUUAUGGAAGAUUCUGGUGUGUUCUCUGUCAUCGCUGAGAAUCGUGGCGGAAAGGCGAAAUGCAGCGCCAAUCUGGUAGUCGAAGAACGAAGAAGACAACCUGGUAGAGGAGGAGUGAUACCACCUAGUUUCCUGUCUACCAUUCAGAAUACCUCGGUCACUACUGGUCAACUGGCCAGAUUCGACGCCAAAGUGACUGGAACUAAGCCUUUGGAUGUUUAUUGGUUGAAGAAUGGCAAGAAAGUGACGGCAGAUAUUCGUUACAAGACACUCGAGGAAGAUAAUACUUACACCUUGCUGAUUUUGGAGACAGUGCCAGAAGAUUCAGGCAAAUAUGAAUGCGUGGCGAUAAACAGUGCCGGAGAGGCACGUUGCGACGCUGAAUGUACAGUUCGUGGACCUCAAUCGCCCGCCAAGACGGCGAAACCGACGACGCCUGGCGUCGAAAAGGCGCCCACGGUUUUGGAGCCAUUGAGAGAUCAAACUAUCAGAGAGGGAACAUCCGUCGCCUUUGCGUGCAGGAUCACCGGAAAACCGGUGCCCACGGUACAAUGGAAAAAAGGCGACAAGGUCAUCAAGCCAUCCAAGUACUUCCAAAUGCAGAAGGAAGGUGACCUCUGUACCCUGAGGAUCUCUGAAGCUUUCCCCGAAGAUGAGGGCGUCUAUAAAUGCAUCGCCAAGAAUCCAGCUGGUGAUGUAACUACUUCGGCCAAUCUCAGAGUUCUUGCACCCGACGCAGCUGAUGUUCUCCCCAAACUGACGCCACUGAAAGAUCAAACAGUUCUAGAAGGACAACCGGCACAGUUCAAGACUCAAGUUACUCCAGCUAAACCAAAGCCAACGAUUCAAUGGUAUCGCGAAGGUGCCCUAAUCCCUCAGUCACCUGACUUCCAGAUGAUUCACGAAGGCAAUAACGCCGUGCUGCUGAUAGCGACCACUUACGAAGAAGACACUGGCACCUUCACCUGCCGAGCUACCACGUCAGCCGGCACCGUAGAAACCUCCGCCAAACUCAUCGUCAAAAAGAGAAAAGGAGCGUAUUACGAAGUUCCUGCAGAAACGGGACCAGGCGCGAAAACCGGCGUGAAACCAUCGAUAGGUCUUGGUACGGGCAAGGACAUUGUCCUUGAACCGUUACCCUUAGACGAGAAUGGAUUGCCACUUGAAAUACCUUUACAACCAGGGGAUGAAUCGUUACCUUGGAGAAAGGGGCGAGUUCAUCAUCGACCUCGACUUGGCGACGUGACGCCAUGGCGAAAAGAGAAACCGAAAUCUCGUGACACAUCUUUGGACAAAUUACAAGGGACAGAGUCCCAAGUUAAGCCUUGGACCGAAGAAGCUAUAGUAUUAAAGAAAACUCCACAGAUACCUCGCGAAACACCGAAAGAAAAAUUAGAGGAAGUUGAAUUAAAACCAGCGAAAAUCGAGAAAAAAGAAAUUAGAAGAGCUAGCCUGGAAGCUGUUGACUUGAAACAUGUUACGAAAGAAGUAACGAAAGAUGUGAGAACUGAAGAGAAGAUUGCUCGACUGGAAGAGACUACAGCAGAGACCUACGUGGAAGAAGAGGACUCUAGAUUUAUUAAAACCACGAAGAAAGUGGACGAAACUGUUCAAAAGAGAAAGGAAGAGACUAAACCUUGGACCGAAGAGAAGGUUACGUUGAAGAAAGCGAAACCUGACAGGAAAGAGAUUCCUAGAGAGACUAUAGAACCUGUGGAACUGAAACCUUCGCGGAUCGUUAAGAAGGAUAUUGAGAAACCUAGUUUGGAAAAAGUAGAUCUGAAACCUGUUCCCACAACUGUGACUGAGAAAGUUACUGAAGAAAUUAUUUCGAAAACUGAUUACCUUGAACAAGAAGAUACGUCCAUGUUGGACGUGUCCAAAACCGAAGAGGUCAGAAAAAUAAAGAAGGAGAAAAUUGAAGAGAAGGUAGAACAGGCAAAGCCAUGGACAGAAGAAAAGAUCACCUUGAAGAAAUCUAAACCUAUAAGGAAAGAAGUUGAGAAAGAAACUAUAGAGACUGUGGAACUGAAACCAUCCAAGGUGGAGAAACUUCCGAUUCGAAAGCCGAGUGUGGAGAAGGUGGACUUGAAGCCUAUUCCAACGACAGUGACUGAGAAAGUCACUGAGAAAAUCACUGAAAAGACUGAAUACCUUGAACAGGAAGACACUUCUUUAUUAGACGUAUCGAAGACUGAAGAACUGAAGAAAUUGAGGAAAGAGAAGAUAGAAGAGAAGCCAGAAGGGCCUAAACCUUGGACCGAAGAGAAAGUGACGUUGAAGAAAGCGAAACCUGUGAAGAAAGAGGUUGAAAAGGAAACUAUAGAAACGGUAGAGUUGAAACCAUCAAAGAUUAUAAAAUCUGCGGUACGAAAAGAAAGUCUGGAAACAGUGGAUCUUAAAUCAGUCACGAAAGAAAUCACAGAGAAGACAGUGAAAGAAGUCGUACACAAAACUGAUUACGUAGAACAGGAAGACACGACGUUGCUUGAUGUUACCAAAGACACUCGAGUGAAGAAACUCAGAAAAGAGUCGAUUUCAACGGAGAAGGUUGAGCAACUUAAACCUUGGACUGAUGAGAAGAUAACUUUGAAGAGAACUAAACCUGACAAGAAAGAAAUACCCAAAGAACAAAUAGAGACAGUAGAAUUAAAACCAUCCAGACCAGAAAAGGGAGAAAUUGAGAAACCAAGUCUUGAAGCAGUGGAUUUGAAACCAAUUCCCAAGAAGAAAGUAAAAGAAGUAUCUAAAAAGCCUGAAAGAAAAGACGUGCUCACUGAAGAGGAAGACACGACCCUUCUUCAAGUCUCCAAAGACACAGAAACUACGGUCAAAGUUGAUAAACAGGUCAAGAAGAUAGAAGAAGUUGAAAAGAAACCGGAAACUAAACCUUGGACUGAGGAGAAAAUAACUUUGAAGAAGACUAAAGUUGAGCAAAGAGAAAUUCGUAGAGAAAGUCUGGAAGAAGUCACGCUGAAACCGACGAAAACGGAGAAGAGAGAAAUUAAGAAGGAAACUUUAGACAAAGUAGAUUUGCAGAAGGUGACAGAUAAGACACAAUUCAUCGAAGAAGAAGAUACAAAGCUAUUAAAGAUCGACAAAGAAGAGAAAGUUGAGGAAGAGAAGACAGAAAAAGUAAAAACUUGGAGAAAAGAAAGGAAACCAAAAGAAAAAGCACCAUACCAGGAAGAAGAAGAUAAAACGAUCUUGGAUGUGAAGAAAGAUAUCGAGUCUGAGGAAAAACUGAAAGAAGUGCCAGUUCCUUGGGCCAGAGGUAAAAAGAAACCUACAGAAAAGAUUCCUUAUCACGAAGAAGAGGAUACUACUCUUCUCGACGUCGAAAAGACUGAAAAGACGACUGAAAAACAGGCAAAAGAAGAAAUGCCGGUGCCAUGGAUACGAGGGAAGAAGCCGAAGGAAGAGAAGCCGGAAGUUCCGCAAAAAGUUCAGCCUGAAGAAGAAGUGCCUGUUCCAUGGGUACGAGGAAAGAAGCUGAAGGAAGAGAAGCCGGACGUUCUGCAGAAAGUUCAGCCUGAAGAAGAAGUACCUGUUCCAUGGAUACGAGGAAAGAAACAGAAGGAAGAGAAGCCAGAAAUUCCGCAAAAACUUCAUCCAGAAGUUCAACCUGAAGAGAAACCAGAGGAAGAAGAAGAGAAACUGGAAAAGGUCCCAUGGCUUCGAGAUAAGAAGGUUCCACGGAAGAUACCGGAAAGGAAAGAAGAACAGGUUGAAGAUAUUAGAUCAGUUGUAUUGAAACCUACCAGACGUGAACGUGUACCAGAAGAACAGGAGAAACCGGAAGAAGUGAAGCUGAAGCCUGUCAAACGCAUUCCAAUUGAAGAAGAAAAGAAGGAAGAAGUGCAACUGAAACCCAUUCCGAAACGAAAGCCCGAAGAAAAGCCGAAAGAAGAGAUCAAAUUGAAGCCAUUCCAAAAACCGAAACCCGAAGAGGAGGAACGAGAGAAACCAGAACUGAAACCACUUGAAAAACUUGAAUCUGACGCCCCAAAAGAAGAGGAAGUGCAGGUAAAACCGAUCAAACCGAAAGAAGAAGAAAUAAAAGAAAUUGAAGAAACGACAUGGCAUAGAAAAGCGAAGCCCAAGAAACCGGUAGUUUCUGAAGAAAAAGACGUUGCGAAGGAAAUAAAAGAGGCCGAAACUGAAGACUUUACAGCGGUUGUAUUAAAACCUACGAGAAAAGAGAGGAAGCCAGAAGAAAAGGUAGAAACAGAGGAAGUAACUUUGAAACCGAUUCAGAAAAUCCCCAAAGAGAAAGAAACACCUGAAGAAAUAACGCUCAAACCAAUGGAGAAGCCUAAAGCAGUUGAGAAUGGAGAAGUUUUGGGAAAGAAGGCUGAAUUGCAAUGGCAACCUGGAAAGAAACCAGCUAAAAAGAUAGUAGCAGAGGAGGUGAAACCAGAAGAAUUGACAUUGAAACCUGUCAAGCGACUUCCUAAGGAAGAAGUGGAGAAGGAAGAAGUUACUUUGAAACCUAUUAAGAAAGAGAAACCAGAAGAAGAAAAACCAGAAGUUACGUUAAAACCUGUUAGGCGCCUUCCCAAGCAAGAGGAGGAAAAACCGGAAGAAGUGACAUUAAAACCUGUCAAGCGUCUUCCCAAGGAAGAAGUGGAGAAGGAAGAAGUUACUCUGAAACCAAUUAAGAAAGAGAAACCAGAGGAGGAAAAACCUGAAGUUAAAUUGAAACCUGUUAGGCGACUUCCCAAACAAGAGGAGGAAAAACCGGAAGAAGUGACGUUGAAACCUGCCAAGCGUCUUCCCAAGGAAGAAGUGGAGAAGGAAGAAGUUACUCUGAAACCAAUUCAAAAAGAGAAACCAGAAGAAGAAAAACCAGAAGUUACGUUAAAACCUGUUAGGCGCCUUCCCAAGCAAGAGGAGGAAAAACCGGAAGAAGUGACAUUGAAACCUGUCAAGCGUCUUCCCAAGGAAGAAGUGGAGAAGGAAGAAGUUACUCUGAAACCAAUUAAGAAAGAGAAACCAGAGGAGGAAAAACCAGAAGUUACGUUAAAACCUGUUAGGCGCCUUCCCAAGCAAGAGGAGGAAAAACCGGAAGAAGUGACAUUGAAACCUGUCAAGCGUCUUCCCAAGGAAGAAGUGGAGAAGGAAGAAGUUACUCUGAAACCAAUUAAGAAAGAGAAACCAGAGGAGGAAAAACCAGAAGUUAAAUUGAAACCUGUUAGGCGACUUCCCAAGCAAGAAGAAGAAAAACCGGAAGAAGUGACAUUGAAACCUGCCAAGCAUCUUCCCAAGGAAGAAGUGGAGAAGGAAGAAGUUACUCUGAAACCAAUUAAGAAAGAGAAACCAGAGGAGGAAAAACCAGAAGUUAAAUUGAAACCUGUUAGGCGACUUCCCAAGCAAGAGGAGGAAAAACCGGAAGAAGUGAUGUUGAAACCUGUCAAGCGUCUUCCCAAGGAAGAAGUGGAGAAGGAAGAAGUUACUCUAAAACCAAUUCAGAAAGAGAAACCAGAAGAAGAAAAACCAGAAGUUACGUUAAAACCUGUUAGGCGCCUUCCCAAGCAAGAGGAGGAAAAACCGGAAGAAGUGACAUUGAAACCUGUCAAGCGUCUUCCCAAGGAAGAGGCGGAAAAGGAAGAAGUUACUUUAAAACCAAUUAAGAAGGAAAAACCUGAAGAAGAAAAACCAGAAGUUACGUUAAAACCUGUUAAGCGACUUCCCAAGGAAGUAGAGGAGAAGCCAGAAGAAGUGACAUUGAAACCUGUCAAGCGUCUUCCCAAGGAAGAAGUGGAGAAGGAAGAAGUUACUCUGAAACCAAUUAAGAAAGAGAAACCAGAGGAGGAAAAACCUGAAGUUACAUUAAAACCUGUUAAGCGACUUCCCAAGGAAGUAGAGGAGAAGCCAGAAGAAGUGACAUUGAAACCUGUCAAGCGUCUUCCCAAGGAAGAGGCGGAGAAGGAAGAAGUUACUCUGAAACCAAUUAAGAAAGAGAAACCAGAGGAGGAAAAACCUGAAGUUACAUUAAAACCUGUUAAGCGACUUCCCAAGGAAGUAGAGGAGAAGCCAGAAGAAGUGACAUUGAAACCUGUCAAGCGUCUUCCCAAGGAAGAGGCGGAAAAGGAAGAAGUUACUCUGAAACCAAUUAAGAAAGAGAAACCAGAGGAGGAAAAACCUGAAGUUAAAUUGAAACCUGUCAAGCAUUUGAAGAAACCAGAAGAAGAAAAGCCUGAAGAGAUAACAUUGAAGCCAGUUAAACGACUUCCUAAGGAAGAAGUGGAGAAGGAAGAAGUUACUUUGAAACCAAUUAAGAAGGAGAAACCAGAGGAGGAAAAACCAGAAGUUACGUUAAAACCUGUUAAGCGACUUCCCAAGGAAGUAGAGGAGAAGCCAGAAGAAGUUACUUUAAAGCCCGUCAAGCGUCUUCCGAAGGAUGAGAAGAAACCAGAAGAAGUUACUUUGAAACCUAUAGAAAAAGAGAAGCCGGAAGAAGAAAAGAAGCUAGAAGUUAAGCUGAAACCAGGCAAACCUAUCGAGAAACCAGAAGAGGAGAAACCGGAGGAAGUGAAAUUAAAACCGGUUCCGAAGCCAGUCCCUGAAAAAGUCGAAGAGAAACCUAAAGAAGAGGAAAAACCUGAAUCCAUAUUACCAUGGCGCGUUGGCAAAAAGGCGAAGAAGGUCGUCGAUUUCCGAGAAGAAGUCACAGUCGUACCGAUCGAUCAAGAGAAAGUGGUCUCGGAGGAAACAACGGUCGUGGAACAGAAAGUGGAAGCUAAAGAGAUGACCCAAGUGGUGGUUAAAGAGAUCGAAGAACAUAAACCUGUAGAAGCGCCCGUAAUUCCCUGGAGGGCACCGAAGAAAGAAAUGGUGAAAGAAGUCGUCGAAGAAAAAGUCGAAAUUGUAGAGAUCAAACCUGAAGUGGUACACAAAGAAGAUACAGUAAUCGAAGAGGUUGUUGAAACAGAAGUCUCUAGGAUAAAGAAACGACGUCCAAAGAAACCGGAAGAAGAGAAGGAAGUAGUCGAAUUGAAACCAGUCGAGAAACACGAAGAAUUCAUUGAAAAAGUAGAGGAAGUGGUUCUUAAACCAGUCAAGAAAGAAAAGGUAGAAGUAGUAGAAGAGAAAGAUGAGGUUCGUCUUAGACCAAUACCCAAGAAGCCACAGGAAAAGGAAGUACCCGAAGAGGUAACUCUGAAACCUAUCAAAAAGGAGAAACCCGAAGAGAAACCUAAGGAAGAAAAAAUACCAGAAUUGAAACCAGUGAAAUUAGAGAAACCAAAAGAGAUAGAAGAGAAGGAAGAAACAGUGGCUAAAAUACCAUGGAGGAAACCUAAAAAGAAACCAGAAGAGGUACCUGUACCUGUUCCUAUAGAAAAGGCAGAAGUGAUCGAUGAAACUGUUACCGUAGAAGAGGUUAGAGUGGAGGAAAAAGUAAAAGAUGUGGUCACGAAAGAUGUAGUCGAGGUCGAAACAAAGAUCAAAGAAGAAAAAGUGGAGGAUCGUAAGAGCAGACGCAAGCAGCGUACGCAAGUAGAAAUAUCCAUCACGGACAAAGACAAAAAGAUCGCUCCGAGGUUCAUUCAGAAGCUACAACCCGUUAUCGCGCAACCAGAAACAACCGCAGAAUUCACAUGUACAGUGUUCGGCAGUCCAUUCCCCGAAAUUACCUGGUACAGAAACGAGCAGGAGCUUCACGCCAGUGAGAAGUAUAUAAUGACCAUCUACGAAACGACAGCCUCGUUGGAGAUAACUAAGGUGAAAGAAGAGGAUGCCGGCAUGUAUUCUUGCAGAGCGUCAAAUCCCGCUGGAGUAGCCACGUCCACCGUGAAUCUCGUGAUAUUCGAAAAAGAGGAAGAAGGCGUAGCGCCACACUUCGCAACACCUAUUAAGCCUCUCAUGGUGGAAGAGCACAAACCAGCUCUACUUGAAUGUGUGGUCACUGGAACACCGGUGCCGGAAGUAAAAUGGUAUCGCGGAGAGCAAGAACUGAAACCUCAAAAGGGUAGAGAAAUCACCUUCAAUCCUGAAACCGGUGAAGCAAAAUUGCACAUAUUGGAGCCAAUGAAAGAGGACGAGACGAUUUAUCGCGUUCGAGCUGUGAAUAAAUUCGGUCGAGCCGAAUGCAGAGCUAAUUUGGUGAUCGGUACCGCGGUGAGGGUCACUAAACCGGAAGUUCUAAGAGCACCAAAGAUCACCAGGCCUUUACCAGCCUUGGUAGCCGAACUUGGAAAACCUCUAACUUUGUCAGCCGAUUUCGAGAGCAAACCAACGCCAAAAGUGAAAUGGUUCCGCAAUGGAACUGAAAUUGUCCCAUCUGACAAACGGGUGAUAAAUAUUUAUGAAACUACCACUGAAUUAUAUAUUCCUGAGGUGACGAAGAAAGAUGGCGGGAAAUACGAGGUUAGAGUUCAAAAUCCUGUUGGAGAGGCGAGAAGUUCGGGCUCUGUUACGGUGAAAGAACGCGAGGACAAGACAGACGAAGUGAAAGCUCCGAGGUUUAUCGAGCCGCUACAACCACAGAUUGUCGCCGAAGGAGAGGUCGUGAUCAUGGAAACACGUGUUGAAUCCUAUCCGACAGCCUCCUUCCAGUGGUUCCACGAAACUCGUCCUCUGGAGUCCACGCCACAGGUAAGGAUUGUGACGCAAGAGAACAGAUCGAUCCUCAUGAUCAAGGAGAUCAAGCCCGAGUUCGCGGGCACGUACACCUGUCGCGCCGAAAACGUUGGCGGAUCAGUCACCUGUACGGCGACGAUAAAUGUGUUGGAGACACCGUGGGAAGAAACCGUUGAGCUUGUUUCACCGACGUUUGUUAAAAGAUUGUCACCGGUCAGGGUCAUGGACGGUGAAAGCGCAAACCUGACGUGCAUCGUCCAUGGGAAACCUACGCCUAAAGUGGAAUGGUACCACGACAACAAACCUAUCAAAGAGGGCAAAGAGAUUACUAUUAUACAAGACACGGAAGGUGUGUGCAGUUUGGCCAUAACUGAAGUAUUCCCUGAAGAUGCCGGAGAAUACACUUGUCGUGCCGUGAAUCCUGUUGGCGAGGCCGUUUGCAUGACGUCGCUUAUCGUGGAAGCAUACGAGUACGUACCAGAUUCGGAGAUCGCAUCCUCGAUCGUUGCGACGUCUCUUACUACAGGGCAGAGUGGUUCGGAAGAGGAUCUCUUAUCUCCCAAGGAAACUCCCUUGUUCGACACGGACACAGAGGAAUCUGCGCCGGAGAUAAUAAAGAAACUUCCUCAGUUAAUUCCUACCAAAGUCGGAGAGUUAACCAGACUGGAAGUGAAGGUCAAGGGAAAACCGAAACCAGAAGGAAAAUGGUACAAGCAAGGCCAGGAGAUCAUGCCGUCCGAAGAAUUCCAAAUCGAGGAAUUCGACGAUGGCACGUCGAUACUGACGAUAGCCGAAACAUAUCCCGACGACACGGGUGAGAUUGUGUUCGAAGUACACAAUCCACUCGGCGUAUCGACCACGAUGACGUACCUGUCUGUAGAAGGAAUCCUCGGAACAAAGGAGUACAGGAAACCAUCAUGGGUGGCCGAAAUGGAGGAGAUGCAAGAAGCUCUGAGAGCCACGCAAUCUGUACCACGAUUCAUCCAAGAGAUAACCGACGUUUAUGCGAGGGAAGGUGAAACCGCGGUGUUUGAAUGCGUAUACUCUGGCAAUCCUGCUCCAGACGUUGUAUGGUACAAGAAUGACAAGUUGGUCUCCAAUACCCAGAACGUGAAAGUUCGUAUCUCCGAUGAAGAGAAAAAGACAUCGCUAACGAUUAAACACGCGACCGAAGAAGACGAUGCUACUUAUGUGUGCAAAGCUACCAGUGAGAUAGGUUUGGCAACGACGAAAGCUAAACUACGCGUAACAGAUGUAACGGGUAAGACAACAUUCUUUGACGAAGAAGAGGUGGUCGAAGAACAGGUGACUGAAGUCAAACCUAAGGAGAAACCGAAAAAGAAGAAGCCAGAGUUGAAGAAGGCUAAAGAGACGAAAGAGAAGGUGAAGACUGAACGUGUGAAGAUAGACAAGAAGGAAGUGCGCAAAGAGAAGCUGGUUCCUAAAGAACAGCCAGAGGAAAAGAAAAUUGUCGACGUUGAAGAGACUCAGGUACUCGAAACGACAGAGAUUAUUGAAGAACAACCAACAGAGAUAUCACGAGCAAAGAAAGUGGUGCCGAUCCAAGAGCCGCUAGUGACGGAAGCAACCGCGUCGCUGAAGAAGAUCGACGAUCAGAAGGCGCGCGAAAUGGUACCAAAGCCUGAGGAACGUGCGAAACGGGUGGUGGAGGAGCGCGAAGGUGUAGUGGUCGUCUCAGAAGUGGCCACGGAAGACAUAGCGCAAGAUUUCACAGUGGAAUCGGUGGUCGAUCGCGCUAAAAUCACGUCGGAAACCUUGCAAACCGUCUCUGUAUCAGAGGUGCACACUGAAGCUGGUGUCCAAGAGAUGAAACGAAUCGAGGCCAAACAACGAAAAGCAAAGAAAACAGUGGUAACCGAAGAAGAAAUAUUCGAAGAGAAGCCCAGAGAAGUAAUCACGGAGGAAAAACCGAAAAAGAAGAAGAAAGACAAGAUAAAGGUGAAAGAAGAAGUGACCAUCGAGGAAAUCGUAGAAAGACAAAGAGAGAAUAUCGCGAGAGAGGUGGAGGAAAUUAUGGAGAUGCUUCACGCGAAAGAAUUUGGACCUGGCGAAGCUCCUCUUCGAGAAUUGGCUACUAUCGGCUUCUUGGUGCGCCAAGGUGUCUCCGUGAACGAAAUAAACGAGAGUCUGUACAGGACGGACAAUUUCCCUGCGUUGAAAACCCCCGAGGCUCAGAAUGCGCUGGUUCAAUUAGUGGAACGAGAAGGUCAUGGUCCAUUGAUCACGCAGGUUCUGACGGAAGAAACGACCACCGACGAAAGUGUAGUGGCCGCUACCGUUGGCUUCCGUGCUUUUAUGAGGAUGAUCGAGCUGCAACACGUUACCGUGGAGGAAGUGCUCACGCACUUUGCUCCUGAGGACUUCCGGCCGCGUGCUUGGGAGGUUACAGAAGCUACGGAAGUUGAAACGGAGGGACGAGUUACGGAACGAGUAGAUAUGAUCCACAAAAUGGAGGUCCAUUUCAUGGAGAGGAGGGACGAAAGAAAAGCCGUCCGCGCGCAGGAUAUUCGUGACAUAAAAGAUAUUACGGAAGAAGUGGUUGAAAAGGAAAUCAUCGAGGAAGUCAAACCUAUCAAAAAGAUCAUCAAGAAGAGGAAGCCAGUGCCGGGUAAAGAUGAAGUAACAGAGGAAGUCGUGGAAGAGAUAAUAAUAGAGCAACCACAAGAAGAAGAAGCCCGACCAAUCAUAGAAGAAGUAGAAACAGUGACGAUCACUGAACACGAUGUACGAAAAGCUCCAAAGAAGAAGAAGGAGGUGAUCAUCAAAGAGGAAGAAGAGAUCUUCGAAACAAUCGAAACACCCACUCAGAAAAUAAUUCGAAAGAAGAUUCGUCCAAUGAAGAAAGGAGAAGAAGAGAUCGUGGUGGAAGAGAUAAUUCAGAAGCCACUAGAAGAAAUAACCAAAAUGGAAGAAGAACAAAUAGUAGAAGUCGUUGAGACACCCACUAAGAAAGUAGUAAAAAAGAAGAAAGCCAUAGUGAAAGAUGACGGUGUUCCUGAAGAGAUCGUUGAAGAAAUUAUUAUCGAAAAGCCACAGAAAGAAAAAGCGAAACCUAAGGUAGAAGAAGGAACAGAAACGGUUAAAGUAACAAGGGUUGAUCUGAAGAAAGCACCGAAGAAACCUGAAGAGAUAGUAGAAGAAGAAGAAGAAAUUAUUGAAACCAUUGAGACACCAACAAAGAAGAUUAUUCGAAAGAAACCUAAAGAUAAGAAGGAAAAGGUAGUGGAACAAGUUAUACAGAAGACCAUAGAGGAAGCAAAAGCCAUGGAGGAAAAUGAAAUCGUAGAAAUCAUUGAAACACCAACGAAGAAAAUAAUCAAGAAGAAAAAAGCUACAAUCACAGAAGGAGAAGCUCCUGAGGAACAAAUCGAAGAAAUCGUGAUUGAGAAACCUGUUAAAGAAAAAGCCAAAAAGAAGAUUCUACCAAAAGAAGGUUUAGAAAUCACUGAAAUUAUUACCGAAACUUCUGUCGAGGAGUUACUUGAGGAGAAGGCUAAACCUGAAGAAGCCAAACCCUCGGAAGUGGAAGAAGAAAAGGCAGAAGUUACUAAGGUAGAAGUAAAGAAAGUUCCAAAGAAGAAGAAGAAACCAGUUACAGCUCUUGAAGCCGAAGAGAAGGACGAAGCUGUGGAAGAAAUAAAACCUGAGGUACCUAAAGAAGAAAAGGCGGAACCAGCUGUUAUAGAGAAAGAAAGUGUUGAAGUGACUGAAGUGAUUUCUCAAGUGACCACGGAGGAACUUCCUGAAGAGAUUAAACCUAAGAAGAAGAAGGCUACUGAGGUUAAGGAGAUAGAAGAACAGGUGAUCAAAAAAGAGGUUAAAGUGAAGGAAGCACCGAAAGAAAGUGUGUCUGAAACUGAAGAACAGCCAGAGGAAGAAGUACAAGAACUUGUAACUGAGAAGCCAAAGAAGGUUAAAGCCAAGAAAGAAAUUACGCCUCAAGAUGGUAUUAUAACCACUGAAGUUAUUUCUACAACUGCGGAAGAAGAAUUACAAGUGCAGAAACCAGAAGAAGAUAAGGCUAAAAUAGUCGAAGAGAAGGAAGAGAAAGCAGAAGUAAAAGAAAAGAAGGUUACUGUAAAGAAGGCUCCUAAGAAGAAAUUAACACCGAAGGAAGCUGAAGAGGAACAAGUGGCGGAAGUUGUGGAAGAGAUUACAGUGGAUGAACCAAAGAAAAGGAAGGCUAAGAAGACUGUCCUUCCGAAGGAAGAGUUACAAACGACUGAAGUGGUUACUGAGAUUACUACAGAAGAAAUAAAAGAAGAGAAGCCAAGGGAAGAGAAGGCUGUUCCUAAAGAGGAAGAAAAGAUUGAAGAAGAGGCAACGGUUACCGAGGUUUCUGUGAAAAAGGUACCUAAGAAGAAGAAAAAGGAGGAAGUUGUGACGAACGGUGAAGUGAUUGAAGAGAAACUGAAAGUGAAGGAAAUUCCUGAAGAGAAACAGGAAGUAAAGGAAGAAGUAAAGGAAGAAAAACCAGAGGAAGUGAAAGCAGAAGAAGAAAGAGCAACGGAGGUGGAAACGGAGGAAGAGAAACCAAAAGAAAAACCAAAGAAGAAGAAAAUCACCGCAGAAAAGAAACCCACCGUUGUAGAGGAAGAGCAACACGAGGAAAAGAUAGAAGAAAUACCAGAAGAGAAGCCAAAGAUGGUCAAAGCCAAGAAGGAGAUUAUUCCACAGGAUGCCGUUGAAACCGCAGAAGUUGUUCCAGAAACUGUUGCUGAAGAAACGCCAACAAGGAAACCUGAAGAACGCAAGGCUGUACCAGUCGAAGAGAAACUGGAAGAAGAAAUAGUAAUAGAAGAGGUUCCUAUAGAAAAAGCUUCGAAAGAGGAAGAGGAAGAAAUACCGGAAGAGAAACCAGAAGAAGUUCCUGAAAAACCAAAGGAAGCAAAGGUUGUGAAGAAGAGAAGGAAGAAGAUAGUGAAGAAAGAUGAAAUCGAGGAAUGGGUCGAACCGGAGUACGAACGACCUAUACUGGAACCCAUGCCUGAGAAGAUUCAAUGGGAACCAAAGAAAAAGAAAGAGAAGAAACCUUUACCAGAAUCUUUGCAAAAAUUGGUCCCUCAAAAAAUCGAAAGAAAAGAGAUCAAACCCACGAAGCUCAAAUACUCAGAACCGGUUGAAACCGUUCAGUUCGCUGCGAUCAAAUUGAAAAAAGUGGCAGUUUCGAAGAAGAAAGUAGUUGAAGAAGCCAAAUUCCCGAAGAUCAUGUUACGAAGCAGACUUACAUUCGUCGGUGACUAUCCACCUGAAAUUCAAUAUCCAAAGGUAACAGAACUAGAAGAGAAUCCGGUUCAAUCUGGUAUUCUGUCUAGAAACACCGAGGAAGCUCUGGAAGUGCUGAAGCGAAAGGUCAAGAAGGUUAAACUUCCUAAGAAAGAAAUUGCAGAAUUGGAAAAAUUGGAUCAAGAAUUCGAAGAAUUGAAGAAGGUACCUUUGGAGAAAGUGGAGGAUAAAUCGAUAUACGAACGUCCACCGAAGAAGCCUGCAGAAAAACCAGAAGAGCCACAGAAGUUGGUCGUUGGCAAAGGCAAGGUACCUGAAGAAGAAAAAGUGGAACCUGAAAAGGUGAAACUAAAGAAGGUUCCCGAAAAGAAACCAGAAGAAAUCGAAGAACCAUUGAAGAAACCACCCAAACCAGUACCUGAAGAUGAAGUGAAACCAGAGAAAAAAGACAAACCAAAGGUGAAAUUAGAACACGAUGAGUUAAAGCCUUUGGAUUUCGAGAGACCAGAACUGGAGAAAUAUGAACCAGAGAAAUACGAAGAACCAGAAAAACCAGCACCAGAGCCAGUUCCAAAACCAUACGAACCAGAAGAGAAGAAGAAGCCAGAUCAAGAGAUCGAACAGAUUCCGUUGAUAAAGGGAAAACCGAAACCACAAGAGCCGGAUAAAGAACCUGAAGUUAAGUUCAGAAUACCUCAAAAAGACAAGCCAGAAGAGGAACCAGAGAAGAUAACGUUAAAGGGUUGGAAAAAAGACAAACCUGAGGACGAAGGUGUGGAAGAGUUCCCAGCGAAGGAAGAAGAGGAAGCUCCUAAAGCACCCAAAGAAGAACUUGAAGAAAUCACUGUGAAGCGUAAGGUGAAACCAAAGAAACCCAAAGAGAAGGUUCCUAAGGAAGAAGAGGUAACGCUGAAGGAGCCUGAAAAGAAGAAACCGGAAGAAGUUCCAGAAGUAGUAGAAGAUAUCACUUUGAAAAAGGAACCAGAAAAACCUAUUGAAGAAGCUCCUGCUGAACUUACCAUCAAGAAGCCAGUUUUGAAGGAGAAAGAAGUACAAGAAGAAGAAAUAGUGGCUGAAGUGACGUUAAAGAAGAAACCGGAGAAACCUGAAGAAGUGGUUGAAGAAGCAAUUGUGAAGAAGCCAAAGAAGAAGAAGCCCGUAAAAGAAGAAGAGGCUGUUGAAGUUACAAUAAAAAAGAAAGAGGAAGUGGAAGAAGAAAUUAAAGAAGACGUUGUUAUAAAGAAGAAGCCAAAGGAGGAGGCGCCUGCAGAAGUGGUUGAAGAAGUCAUUUUGAAAAAACCAGAAGAAAAAGCUGCUGAAGAAGUAACUGAAGAAAUAGAGAAACCUAAAAGAAAGAAACCUGUGGAGGAAGAAGCUGCAGACGAAGUCACUAUUAAGAAACCAGUUGUAGAAGAAAAGAAGGAAGAAGACGUUCCUGAACAGGUAACGCUAAAGAAGAAGAAACCAAAGGAAAAACCGGUUCCAGAAGAAGUAACCGAAGAAGUUACACUGAAACCGGUUCCGAAAGAAGAAGAAAAGGCACCAGAGGAAGUAACUGAGAAAGUGGAGAUGAAGAAACCUAAGAAGAAGAAGCCAGUGGUUGAAGAAGCUGCCGAUGAAGUUACUAUCAAGAAACCAGUGCCAGUAGAAAAGGAAGAAGAAGAAAUUAUAGAAGAAGUAACAUUUAAGAAGAAGAAACCAAAGGAGAAACCGGUUCCAGAAGAAGUGAUUGAAGAAAUUACACUGAAACCAGUUCCGAAAGAAGAAGAAAAGGCACCGGAGGAAGUAAGUGAGAAAGUGGAGGUGAAGAAACCUAAAGAGAAGAAACCAGUGGUGGAAGAAGCUGCCGAUGAAGUUACUAUCAAGAAACCAGUGCCAGUAGAAAAGGAAGAAGAAGAAAUUAUAGAAGAAGUAACAUUUAAGAAGAAGAAACCAAAGGAGAAACCGGUUCCAGAAGAAGUGAUUGAAGAAAUUACACUGAAACCAGUUCCGAAAGAAGAAGAAAAGGCACCGGAGGAAGUAAGUGAGAAAGUGGAGGUGAAGAAACCUAAAGAGAAGAAACCAGUGGUGGAAGAAGCUGCCGAUGAAGUUACUAUCAAGAAACCAGUGCCAGUAGAAAAAGAAGAAGCAGAAAUUAUAGAAGAAGUAACACUGAAAAAGAAGAAACCAAAGGAGAAACCGGUUCCAGAAGAAGUGAUUGAAGAAAUUACACUGAAACCAGUUCCAAAAGAAAAAGAAAAGGCACCGGAAGAAGUAACUGAGAAAGUGGAGGUGAAGAAACCUAAAGAGAAGAAACCAGUGGUGGAAGAAGCUGCCGAUGAAGUUACUAUCAAGAAACCAGUACCAGUAGAAAAAGAAGAAGAAAUUAUAGAAGAAGUAACAUUGAAAAAGAAGAAACCAAAGGAAAAACCGGUUUCAGAAGAAGUGAUUGAAGAAAUUACAUUGAAACCAGUUCCGAAAGAAGAAGAAAAGGCACCAGAGGAAGUAAGUGAGAAAGUGGAAGUGAAAAAACCGAAGAAAAAGAAGCCCGUAGUCGAAGAAGCUGCCGAUGAAGUCACUAUUAAGAAACCUGUUCCUGUAGAGAAGGAAGAAGAGGAAAUUAUAGAAGAAGUAACAUUUAAGAAGAAGAAACCAAAAGAAAAACCGCUAACGGAGGAAGAAGAGGUCGCUAAAGUGACUCUCACGAGACCAAAACCAGUGGAGGAAGAAAAGAAACCGGAAGAAGUAGAAAUAUCAUUGAAAAAGAAACCGAAGAAAAAGCCAGUCGUUGAGGAAGAAGCUGCCGAGGUAACUAUCAAAAAAUUAAUUCCUAUCGAAGCGGAGGAGGCUCCUGAAGAGAUUACCAUCAAGAAGAAGAAGCCAGAAAAGAAACCAACGCCAGUCACGGAAGAGGUUGAAGAAACUGCCGUAACUAUAAAGAAAGCUCGAGCUCCUGAGGAACCUAAAGAAGAAGAAGAAAUAUCGACCGAUGUACAAAUAAAGAAGAAGAAACCCGUACGUAAAGUUACGGAAGAGGUAGCUGAAGAAUUAACGAUCAAAAAGAUCGAAGAAGUGGAACAACCAGAAGAAGAAGAAGAAGAGGUCCAAGAAUUCACAGUCAAAAGGAAACCUCCAAAGCUGCCACCAAAACCUAUCGAAGAAAUCUACGAAGAUGUUACUCUUCGGAAGUUACGUCCAAAGAAGAAACCAAGGCCAGAUAUCAAAGAAGUAACAGAAGCAGAGAAUGUGACGUUCAGACCACGUUCUACGAAGACCAAAGAAGAUGUAGAGCAAGAAUUCAAGAUCUCGUUGAACACUUACGAGGAAGAAGACAUUUCUAUGUCCGGUAAGGUUAAACUGAAACCUAAGAAACGACCGAUGACGUACUCUGAAGAAGCAGGGGAAGAAACUAUCAAAAUUAUGCAAGAAGUCGAAGACGACUCUGGACCAAUUAUAGAAGAGAUCAUAGAAUCAGACGAGGAGGCUAGAGAUGAAUAUAGUAUAGAAGAAUUAGAGACUGAUGAGAUGAGAGUGCCACUGAGAAGGAGAAAGAAGAAGGAACCAAGGCCAUAUAAGGUGGAAGAUAUCGAGGAAGGUGACGUGAGCUUAAAAUUGAAACGCGAGAGGAAAUAUUCUGUGGAGGAAGCUGACGAAACGUUGGCGCUGAAGUUGAAGAGCAAGAGACGAGUUUCCACCUUCGACGAAGAAGAGGCCUCGCUUAGUAUCACCAGAGAAGAAGACAUUUCAGAGGAAGACGAAAUCGAAUACGUUGUACGCGAUGGCGACACAAUGUUCUCGAUUUGCUCGUACGUGGCAGAAACUGACGAAGCCAUCAACCUCGUCGAAGGAGAAAGAGUUUACGUUAUCGACCAUUCGAAUCAAGACUGGUGGUUCGUGAAGAAACACCUGACGGAGGAAAAGGGCUGGGUUCCAGCGCAAUAUCUUCUCAACGAAGUGCACUAUACUCUGUAUUUGCAGCGCAAAUUGCACGAGAAAAUCGAUAAAUUACCAGUAUUUGAAAAACCAGCGCCAGGGGAGAAGACAUCAGCACCGAGGUUCAUCGAAAAAUUGCAGCCAAUUCACACACCAGAUGGUUACACGAUCCAAUUCGAAUGUCAAGUGGAGGGUCUACCAAGGCCUCAGAUAACUUGGUUCCGACAGACAGCCAUCAUCAAGCCAUCACCUGACUUCCAAAUGUACUACGACGACGAUAAUGUAGCAACUUUGAUCAUCAGGGAAGUGUUCCCCGAAGAUGCUGGCACCUUCACCUGUGUCGCCAAGAACGCCGCUGGUUUCGCUUCCAGUACCACAGAAUUAAUUGUGGAAGCGCCUCUUUCUGAUCAUGGAUCGGAUCUUACUGGUCCAUCCAGAAAGAGCCUCUCAAGAGAAUCAUCUCUCGCCGACAUCUUGGAGGGAAUACCACCAACGUUCUCAAGGAAACCAAAGGCGAAAUACGUCAACGAAGGUGAUGAUGUGAUUUUGGAAUGUCGACUGGUGGCAGUACCUGAACCAGAAAUAACCUGGUACUACAAGGAUACGCAGAUUACAACCAAAGAGAACAUCGUGGUUGCUACCGAGAGCGACAUGCACAUGUACUGCAGCGUAAUUAAAAUCACUAAAGUACAAAAGAAACAGGAAGGAAAGUACACUAUCGUUGCUAGAAACAGGGAAGGUGAAGCUACUAUAGAAAUUCCUAUGAAGGUGAAGACUGGCAAACACGAGCCGCCAGAGAUUCUAGAACCAUUGCAAUCGUACGUGAUACGGGAAGGUGAAACCGUGGUAUUAUCGACACAAAUCGUCGGAAACCCAGCUCCUAAAGUAACUUGGUACAAGAACGGUAAACCACUGAAAGGCUUGACUCCGAAACAAGAUGGCCACGUGAAUACGCUCACGUUGAUUCAACCUCAAGUAUCUGACACAGGGGAAUAUUCUGUGGUAGCUACCAACGAUCUUGGCACAGCCGAAACGAAAGCUACGUUAACAGUUGAAAUAAACUUGAAGCCUUCCCUGACCAUUAGCUUCCAGCAACAAACAUACGAACAGCACAGUGUAUCGAAGGAAAUACCUAGCGGAGCUCCGGAACCGCCACUCUUCACGGAACGGUUCCAAGAACUCACCGUUCCGCAGAAAGGUACCUUCAAGUUGGUGGCGAAGGUUACUGGAAACCCUGUACCAGAAGUCACGUGGUUAAGAAACAACAAACCCUUGGAGAAAUCACCGAACAUCACAGAAACCUACGAUGGCGAGAACAUCGUACUGGAGAUCAGAAACGCGGAUUCAGAGGUAGACGCAGGCGAUUACAAGUGUGUGGCGAGCAAUCCAGUUGGAAAAGCGUCUCACGGUGCCAGAGUGACGGUAGACGUGGAAAAAGUAACAUUCACCAAGACUCUGGAGAAGGAAGUCGUCAUCGACGAGUACAAGACCUUGGAACUCACCUGUGAAACAUCGCACACCGUGUCUACGAAAUGGUGGCACAACGACCAGGAGAUCAGUGGAAUGGAUCAUCGCGAGAUCAUUCACGAAGGACGAGUGCACAAGCUGGUGAUCAAGAAAACGAAUCCUACGGACGAAGGAACUUACAAGUGCACCGUGAAGAAUCAAUCGACGUCGAGCAAAGUUACGGUAAAAGCCACGAAACCGGAAUUCGUGAAGAAGUUACAAGACUGCGAAGUAAAGGAACGUGACGUUGCCAUUUUGGAGGUUGAAGUUACAUCAGCGACAGCGGACGUUAAAUGGUUCAAGGAUGGCGAGCCUCUGGGACCAAGUAAAGAGAAAUUGGAAUUUGUUAAAGAAGGUACCGUUAGGAAAUUGUUCAUUAGAAGCACAUCCGUCCAUGACGAAGGAGAAUACACGUGCAGCCUUAUCGAUCAGAAAUGUUCAGCGGAAGUCACCGUCAUUGAAUUACCACCGGAAAUUAUUACGAAGAUGCAAGAUGUGACAAUAGCAAGAGGCGAGAGGGCAACGUUCGAGAUAGAAUUAACAAAAGGAGAUGCGUUGGUUCGAUGGUUCAAAGAUGGACAAGAGUUACAAUUUUCGGAACACGUCCGAUUGUCGAUCGAUGGCAAGAGACAAAAGCUGAAGAUCUACGAUACGGAACCGGAGGACGCAGGCGUUUAUUCCUGCGAAGUCGGUGAACAAAAAUCAACAGCCAAGUUGACCGUAGAGGAACCUGGCGUAGAAUUCGUCACUAAAUUACCGGAUGUCACCCUUGUACCAUUGAACGCAGAUGCCGUUUUCGUUAUUGAAAUAUCACGCGACGUUCCAGUCACGUGGAUGAGGAAAACGGAAGUUCUUAAGGAAUCGUCCAAGUACACCAUUAUAGAUGAGGGAACCGUGAAGAAAUUGAUCGUGAAAAAAUGUACCGCUAAAGAUAUCGCGGAAUACACAGCUGCGGUAACGAACGUGAAAACAUCAUCGAAAUUAAGAGUCGAAGUUAUGGAAACGGCGCCAAAGAUUAGUCCGGAUACACCAAAGAAGUACAAAGUAAGGAAAGGCGAAGACGUGGAAGUAGUCGUGAAAUUCAGCGCAACGCCAAAACCAAACGACGAAUGGACAGUGAACGGCAACGUGGUUACAAAAUCGAAACGAGUCGUGCCAUCAAUCGGUGAAGAAUCCGCGGUAUUAACAAUCAGGAAGAUCCAAGAAGAAGAUGUUGGCGAUUAUACUUUGAAACUGGUGAACAACGUCGGAGAGGCUACCAUCGAGAUCAACGUCGUUAUCGUCCAGGUACCGAGUGCACCUGGAGCACCAGAACCAUUGGAAGUAACUGAGGAUAGUGUUACGCUUCACUGGAAGAAACCAGAUUCAGAUGGAAACUCGCCCAUCGUUGAGUACAUUCUGGAGUAUCAAGAAAAGACUGAAGCUACGUGGAACAAGAUUACAGAGACUAUAACAGAAACAACACAUACGGUAACGAAAUUAACCACGAACAAGGAGUACACCUUCCGAGUAACAGCUGCAAACGAGGCUGGACCAGGUGAAACAUCACCAACUUCUCCGUACAUAAAGAUAACAAAACCAUCGGCUGCAGAACCACCAGUUCUUCUAGAACCUCUGAAGAGUGUCAUCGUUGGCCUUGGAGAAACAGUCACCCUAUCUUGCGUCAUUGGAGGAACACCGACGCCUCAGAUUACUUGGUUGAGAAAUGACGAAAUUUUCGAAGACAGUAACAUCACGUACGAAAAUCGCGUGGCAAAGUACACGAUCGAGAAGACAACGGAAACAUCGUCGGCGACCUUCACAGUGAAAGCAAAGAACGAAAGAGGAACAGCAGAAACCACGUGCGAACUGAAAGUGCAAGAGCCGCCUAAGAUCACGUACGACGAGAGUUUGGCAAGUCAGAAACUUCCGGUGAACAGCCAAUGGAAGAUCGAUAUUCGGGCGAGCGGCUUCCCGAAACCAGAAAUUACAUGGUCGAAGAACAACAAGAAGAUAGUGGAUAAACGUGUAUCCAUUCAGACAGAAGAAAAGACCUCUACUAUCUCUAUCUCUUCGCUCGUUAGAGAAGACACAGCUACCUAUACAGCAAAGGCAGCGAAUCAAGCUGGCAGCUCUUCGGUUGACUUACAUCUCAGAGUCAUAGAUAAACCAAGCAGGCCUCAAGGACCAGUGAACUUCAAGGAAAUCAGACAAGAUCGCGUCACCAUCGAAUGGCGACCACCAGAAGACGAUGGUGGAAUCGAACUGGAAAAAUACACGAUCGAGAAAUGCGAACCGGGCAAAGCUUGGGUGAAGAUGGUCGAUAUCGACAAAGAAGUGGAGAGCUUCUGUGUGCAUAAACUGCAACAGAAUGCGGAAUACAAGUUCAGAAUCAUCGCCAGGAACGCUGUCGGAGCGUCAGAACCAUUGGAAUCGGAAACGGUCAAAAUGAGAACUUCCUUUGAGCCACCUGGACCACCAAGAGGUCCGCUAGAAGUAUCAGGAAUGACGAAGACAUCCUUCACGAUAAAAUGGCAGCCUCCAGAGAACGACGGUGGAACACCGAUAACCGAAUAUAUCGUUGAAAUGAAAGAAGAAUCGAAGAAAUCUUGGCAGAAGAUCGGCAGCACAAAGCACGAAACGACGCAGUUGAACGUAUCGGAUCUGAAGACAGAUGUACCGUACAACUUCAGGAUAACAGCGAAGAACAGUGUUGGCACUGGUCCUCCAUACGUAGCCGAAGAACCAAUUUCAGCAGGCAGACGAAUCAAAAUAACAAAGCUCACCGAAAACACCAUGUACGCUCUGCUUGGCAUAUUCCCGUCAACGAAGGUAGUCAUGAGUAAAACACCUCCAUCGAGUCCACAACACGUACAAGUGACGAAUGUAACCAGUAAGAGCGUCACACUUAGUUGGUCUCCGCCAGCCAGCAAUGGAGGAUCAGAGCUCACAGGAUACAUCAUCGAGAAGAGGCCAUUGAUUGGUAAAGGAGCAAGAUGGACGAAGGUUGUCACCCUGGACGCUACGACGCUUCAACAUUGCAUAGAAAAUUUGAAAGAGAGCGAAUUUAUCUUCAGGAUCUUCGCAGAGAACAACAUGGGACUCAGUUUACCUACAAACUCAGAACCAGUUACCCUAAUGACUCAUGCCAACGUGCCAUCACCACCAACAGCGCCACUGGAAAUCAGGCAGAUCGCAGCGAACACGGUCGUAAUUUCAUGGGGCAGACCGGAAUCCGAUGGUGGAGCACCAUUGGAAGGUUACAAAAUUGCUAUCAGGGACGCGAAGAAGACAAUGUGGAUGGAAGUAGGCAAAGUGAACGCUGAAACACAGAAAUUGAAUAUCAGGGAUUUACAGGAGAACCAUAUGUACCUGAUCAGGAUCUUUGCCAGGAACGAAGUCGGUCACAGCGAUCCUUUGGAGUCUGAUGAACCAGUCAAGAUCAUACCAGCUUCCGAAUUAGCCGUAGUGGAGCCAGUAGCAGAAGCCACCGAGAAAGGUGAAACCGCGUCGAUGAGCUUCAGCACGGAGAACACGAGUUCUUGGCUACGCGAGCACAACAUGGAUGCCGAUAUCCAUUCGUACGCGAGAGCGAGACUUCUCAGACAAGACGAAUACUUCUUCCGCAUUUGGCAUUACGCUAAGAAACUCUUCGAAUAAGCAUUUCUACGAUUUUUAAUGGCUGAGGAAAGACGAAGAAUCAAUUUAUAUUCGUUCUUCGUCUUAUCGAGGACCAGAACAAUUUAACGCGCUAGUAAGACAAAAAGAAAAUCAACAGAGACAAUAAGGAACAUCUUUGAUAUUAAUUUCAUACAGAAAUUUCAUUCUUCUUUUUUCUAACGAAAUUCUCAACAAAUCGUGUUCGUAUAAUAUUUCGAACGACUUGGAUAAUUACUUUCUUCUUCGGUGAAUUCGCUUAUCGUAUCUAUUUGAUCUCCCUCGGUGAAUAUCGUCAUACGUGAAACAAGGAAAAUCAAUGUAACAUUAUCGAAUCGUUCCUCUCUUUUAGAAGCACGCGUAUAGAGACUAGAUUUAAUGUAAGGUUCGAUACUGGAUGGGUGUAGAAUCUAGUCAGCGUAGUAAUAAUACUUUUUUUUUCUUUUUUUCAUCUUUUAACGGACCAAGACUUCCUCACGUAUACUUAGAGUCGAUACAAAUGGAAGAGGAAUUCUUUCCAUUCUUCCGAUUCACGAAAUAAUCGAUAAGGGUAAUCGUAUUACUGAAAAUUCGUGAAUCCAGCGAGGAGAAGUAUGUUUGGAAAUAAACUAAGAAAUGUUAUCAGUGAUCUUUAUGAUAUAGCUUAUCUUUUUAUUUCUCAAGCAUUUUAAGUAAAAUUAUAAAUAACAUUAAUUAUAUUCUUACUAUCAUAAAGAUUCGCUGUGAUCUUUCUUCGUUUCUGAAUUAUUUAAUAUUAUAGAAAUUAUUCUUAUUUAUUAUUUAUUGGUUGUAUAAUUAUUUCUAUUAUUCAAAUAAUUCCAUUAUAUUCGAAUGAAUAGCUAGCUAUUGAAAUGAAUGGAAAGUUUGCACGAAUUUUCAGUAACACGAUUGCGCUGUACUUGAAAAUGAAAACAUCCUGACUUCCUCGGGAUAUUCCUUUCGUUAAAACAGUACGCUAUUGUGAAAUAUUCGACGAGAAAAUUCGAAAAGCCCCGAGACUAACAGAUCGUCGGAGAAUGUGAUAAACGAUCGGAAUCGAUCGAGUACCUUGUGUAAAGAAGCGAUUUAGAAGCGAUUAAGUAUACUUGAACCCUUUCUCCCCCAAUCCUAAACCAUCCUAUUGUCCAUCCCUUCGUUAUCCAUGCCACCCUUUGUAUUUAUAUUAUAAUUGCGAACGGAAAGCAACGUUCGGUUACUCACCCAAGUUUGCGAGGAUUACUUUUAGUAUUUAUUCGUAAUGUAUAAUGUUAUAUUUAAUUGUUAUUCGUCACCAUUGCCGAUGUAAUUAAUAAUAAUUGUUCAUAAUAAAUCGGCAUUGGUGCCGAUUAUUCAUGCGACUGGUCAUUAAGAGACUAGAAAACGAAACGAAGAAAUGCCACGCGUGGUUGGUGUCGCGAGACGUAACAAAAUAUAGGUGCAAAAACAACAGCAUAAUUCACCAACAACGCGUCGCAUACUUCGACGUUAUAUUGUAAGACAUUUUGCGAAUUAAAUUAUUGCAUAUAAUAUAA